ACCAAGAGACGGGGGAGAGCAGAGAGGACACAGUUAGCCUGGCGACAGGGGAUGUCAGCGGUGGGAGGGGAGGGGGAAUAAUAAUUGAUUUGUAUUUGUGGUAGCACCUAGGAACCCAUCAUGGGCCCAGACCCCAUUGUGCAGGGCACAGUACAAACCCAGGACAAAGAUAUGGCCCUUGUCCCAAAGAGCUGCUUCUCUCUCACACUCACACACACCCCCCCCCCACUCGUGAGCUGAGCUCUGCAGGGAUAGUGCAAACGGGAUUUGAACGCCGAUUCGCUUUGCUUCUUUAAAAUCUCUGUCGAUUCCUUAGCUGCAUGGACACGCCACCGGGGAAACCAGUCACGUUGGGCCACGCUCACGCAUCACAGGCCCCCUCUGACCUCACAACGCACCAGGCUGCGCUACCACGGUUACCAGUCUGGGCCAAGGGCCAGAGGUGGGCUCUGCCUUGGAGCUCACCACUGCCUGCCCAGCCUCCUCCACGCAGGGAACCAGAGGGCCUGAUUACAGGGCGUGCCAGCAGAGGAACAAGGCAAGGGUACCUCCAGCAUUGGAGGCAGCUGAGAACUGGCCCCGCUUAGCCAAGCCGUGAGGAGCUAAAGCCCUCGCGUGUGACGGGCAUCACCCAGCGCUUUCAUAAAGGGGUUGUUAACGGAAGCUUUCCCCGGGUCCUCUGUGUUGUUUGAGCCGCGGGUCCCCGGGAAGUGGGACUCCGCGUAAACGUUCAGAGACUGAUCAGAGCACCGAGGAGGAGAAGCCGGAGAGCUACGCCAGGGCCAACCGCCCCACGUCGCGUCGUUCCAGUGUUUUGGGGCCACACCUCCAGCGGGAAACAAGACCACACAGACAGGGCAGCCGGGAGGUGGCUCCAAUCUGAAGGCAAGUCAGGGAGCAGUGUCUCCUAUCGGCUGGCAAAAUGACUGAUCUGUGUGAACCUUGUGAGGGGUCCUCUUUGGACUCAGAGCCCCAAGAUCCAACCACAAGCCCAGGAGCCCCCACGACCUCAAAGCAUGCCAGCCCCAGCGUCUCAGAGCUCAUCCUUUGGGCCGUGGCCACCUCCCCGAAAUGCCAAGGCCUCUCCUUGGAGGCCCUGAAGAAGAUAAUCACCAAGGCAGGCUACGACGUGGUGAGGAACAAAACCCAUUUCCUCCGUGUGCUCAAGGGGCUGGUCUCCAAAGGGCUGCUGAAACAGAUGACUGGGAUGGGCGCCACAGGCUCCUUUCGUGCCGGCAAGAAGAAGAGGGAUGUGAAGAAGAAUCAAGUAGCUGGCAAGAAAAGGAAGAAGCCCGGGAGCAGGAAGGCACCCAAACGCGUGUCCUCCAAAGCCGGCCGGCCAGCCCACCGGGGUAGGAAACGGCAAGCCGCCAAGUGAGGGAUUGCAUCCCCCGCUGUGAAACAAGGCUUAAUAAAGGGAUCCGUGUAUUUAAAAGCUCUCCUGUGUCUGGGCGAAUCCUUUCAAAGUGAGAUGCAAAGAGGAAACCGCCUUGAAAGUCAGGAGGGUGGGAGGCCAGGGGCUGAAUGCCUUCCCAGCCCUCUGCAUCAGUCUGGGCCAUUGUGUGGGUGGGGAGAACUCUGCGGGAUUACAGAACUGGUGCUUGGUAACUUGGCUGAUCUUCCCCGCUUAAUCUUGAACUGGAGUCCCUCCAUGUGCUUUGAGGGCAGCCUGCUCCUCUUUCAGAUGAGCAGGGAAACCGGGCUUCGGGCCAGUCAAGGUCUCGUGGCACAAGUCAAGCUGUCUAUGCUCUCCUGAGUCCAAAUUAGGGAGGCGGAAUAAAUCUAUAAUCCUCAAAGUUCCUCUUGCACGUUCAGUGGGUACAGGGUUUUUCUCCCCUCCCUUUAAUGGCACUCAGCAAAGCUACAUGAUUGAAAACAGCUGUCAUGUGCCACCCCAGAGAUGGCAGCUAGGUGGAGUGAUCUGUCAGGGCUUCAGGAGGUGCCCGGGACAGGGGGAUGUUUUCUGUUAAUGUGUUAACAGGCCUCCAUCCAACAUGGGGAAAUCUGAUCUAAGGCUACACGCGCACACACACACAUCACAGGGUUCUUAUGACAUCACAAUGCACCAACCACGGCUCCUAUGGUUACUAGCCACAUCUGGCCUUCAAGAGUGCCCUCAACAAGCAAAAGGACUGAUACUAGACGAGUCGUCCCAGGUUCCCUCCUCUGAUUCAGUCACCCUGGAUUCUUGGUUAAUCCAGAUUCAGAGAUAGUUGAGAACACUCGUACUUCCAAUCCAUCAUCUUCUGGCUUCUCUAAUCCACACAAGCAUCAGGUUCUAGGCUCCACAACCAGCCCAGGCCAUUGGGUUCUAGGCCAGUGGUUCUCAAACUAUCGUACUGGUGACCCUUUUGACAUAGCAAGCCUCUGAGUGCAACCCCCCCCUUAUAAAUUAAAAACACUUUUAUAUGUUUAACACCAUUAUAAAUGCUGGA